ACCUCACCAAUUCGAGAACCUCUCGAAGUUCAUCCUUUGCCAUCAACAUCCUCCAACUGUGCUUCAUCACCGAAAGCCUACGCCUCCCGAACCUGUAUCAGUCUACCCGAUCAAGUCCGUCCAAGCACCAGUUUCCUCACACCGCCACCAUGCACUUCCAGACUUUCACCACUUUCGCCGCCCUGGCUACCCUCGGCGCCGGCCAGACUAUCAAGGCCGCCGACUUCCCCGGUCUAUGCCAGGACCAGUGCAAAGCCGCCGUCAGCCUGUCCACAUCGUGCUCCGAGUCCACAAGCAACGCCGCCGAUGAGCGCCAAUGUAUUUGCGGUGCUGGUGCUCGCGAUAAGCUGAUGUACUGUGCUGCUUGCUCCAUCUCCAACGGCCAGAACGAGCCUGAUAGUGAUCUCGGAAGCAUCCUCGCAGACUGUGGCUGGAACUACGCCGACGCGGCCGGCAGCUCUGCCUCCGCCGUUGCUACUACUGCCGCUGGUGCCGUCUCCUCUAUCAAUUCCGAAGCCGGCUCCGUCGUCAGCGGUGUCAUCUCCACCAUUACGUCGGACGGCAGCGAGAUCCUGUCUUCUAUCACCGCAGGUGCUGGUGGCAUCAUCACCACUAUCGUAUCCGAAGGAAGCCAGAUCAUAUCCACCAUCACCUCGGGAGCCGGUGCCGUCGUGUCGACCAUCACCUCGGACGGAAGCGAGAUUCUCUCCACCAUCACAUCGGCCGCUGGUGGUGCCGCCUCUACUGCCACAUCCGGUGCCGCUGGCGUCGUUUCCACCAUCACAUCCGACGGUAGCGAGAUCCUGUCCACCAUCACCUCCGGAGCAGGUGGUGUCGUGUCUACCGUCCAGUCCGGUCUGUCUACCAUCACCUCCAGCGCAAGCGAUGUUGAAUCCUCGGCGGAGUCUGGCGCCAGCAAUGCUGUUUCCAGUGCCACUGAUGGCGCUGCCAGCGCUACCUCCGACAACGGUGCCGCCAUGGCGACGCCCAUGAUCGGUGGUCUCCUUGCCGGAAUCGUUGGUGUUGCCGCAUGGUUGUAAGAUGUGGUUUGCGGGAUGAUAUGAUAUGCGUGUAUGGGCAUCCGAAUAAUGAAUGAUAUGGACCACAGGCCGUUGCACCUCUUAGUUUAUAGUAGAUAUUAGUUUUUAAUCCAGAAGCAGGGUCCAUCGCCCUGCUCUACCAACUAUUA